CGUACAUUGCUGCCAAAAGAAGACUAAAUUCAAAUUCUAGUAAAACAUAAGGUGCAGAAAGUCAUCAUCAUUUUACAGUAGGGAAGGGAUAGCAGCAUAAAAUUUAAUUUCUUUUGGUGCUACGAAUAUAUAAAUAUAAUAUAUAUAUAUAUAUAUAUAUAAUAUAUAUGUAUGUAGCCCUAUUCAGCACUGGUGGUCUCGUACUAAUGAAAGACUCGCUCAAAACACAAAUUAACUGAAGAAACUGUGCACUAUCACCAUGGCUCCCAACCAGUUCUCGUUCAUCGUCGUCCUACUACUACUGCUACUCCAUUUAAGCCUUUUUCCAUUAUUCAUUUGGGGUGUUGGCAUAAACUACGGUACACUUGGAAACAACCUUCCAUCGCCAAAGAAAGUAGCUCAGCUCCUCCAAUCAACGCUCAUCAACAAGGUCAAAAUCUACGACACAAACCCUGAAAUCCUGGAGGCCUUUUCCAACACCGGAAUCGACCUCAUCGUGGCAGUUGAGAACUACCACGUCUCCAACAUCAGUUCCGACGUCUCCGCCGCCGAUGAAUGGUUCGCCGCCCGCAUCGCCCCCUUCAUUCCUGCCACUUCCAUUGUAGGCAUUGCCGUAGGCAACGAAUACUUGACCACCACCACCACCAGCACCCCCACAAGUUUUAUUAAUAAUAAUAUUGACCCAAACAACAACAACGCCUUGGUCCAAGCCAUGCAAAACUUGCAUGCAGUCCUUACUUCCCGAGGGCUUGAGCGCAAGAUUAAGGUGUCCACCCCACAUAGCAUGGCCGUUCUUGCUUCCUCUUUCCCUCCUUCUUCUUCCACUUUCGCACCGAAUCUUGUCGAGACCAUGGAGGCCAUUGUUGGCUUCUUGGCCGACACUGGUGCUCCAUUUAUGGUGAAUGCGUAUCCGUAUUUCGCUUACAGGGACAACCCCAGCACCAUUAAUCUCCAGUACGCUUUGCUGGGGAACUCAACUUCAACCUCAACCGGGGUGGUUAAAGAUCCCAAAGGCUACGUCUACACCAACAUGCUGGACGCUCAGAUCGAUGCGGUUCGCUCGGCUAUAAUUGCGUUGGGAUUCGGAAACCGGACGGUUGAUAUAACCGUAUCGGAAUCCGGGUGGCCUUCCAAGGGUGAUAGUAACACCGACAUUGCGGCCACCCCCGAAAACGCAAAGACUUACAACACAAGGCUGAUCGAACGUGCGCAGUCCAACAGAGGGACACCCAUGAAGCCCAAGGACAGGAUCGACAUUUUUGUGUUUUCUUUGUUCAAUGAGAACAAGAAGAAAGGGAGUGCCACGGAGAGAAACUUCGGGAUCUUGAAUGGCGACGGGUCUAAGGUUUACAAUUUGGAUUUGAGCUGCGAUUUCUGCAGCGGGGUUACCAAUAACAAUAACAACAAUGGAUCAGGAAGUUCAUCUGGAAUUUUUGGAAUGGGAGAGAAAGCCUCUGCUAGCGGAGUGGUUAGGGGUCCUUCUGUUUGGUGCGUUGCAAAGCCACACGCUGACGACAAGGUUCUUCAGGCGGUGCUAGAUUUUUGCUGUGGACCAGGUGGAGUGGACUGCAGGGAGAUUUAUGAGAAUGGGGAUUGUUAUGAGCCGGAUAGGCUUCUUGCUCAUGCAUCUUACGCCAUGAAUGCUUAUUAUCAGAUGCACGGCAGGAACUACUGGAACUGCGACUUCAAAGGCUCCGCCCUUGUCACCUUCAGCGAUCCAAGUUAUGGGGCUUGCAGGUAUUCUCAGCAGUGAUUACGUUUGGUAGCUAGCCUGCCAUGAUUAUGUGGUUGACAGCUCUUUUGUUUUGAACUUCUAUGUGUAUUUGGAGUGUAGUUAUAGAUCAUCAUUUGGAAUCACUAAUUUGCCAUGGAAAAAGAUAGGCUUUUGUUUGGCCAUGACCUACUUGCAAAAGCCUGAAAAAGAAGAAGAAAAAGAAAAAAAUUUCCUGUAUGGUUUUUGUUUUUAAAGCUGAAAGAUGUUGAACAUUUGUUUGGUUUGUCUGAAAAAAGGAGGACUAAAAAGAAUCCUUUUCAUGGGGAGAAGAUAAAAGUUGCAAGCCAAUGGCUGCACAUGCACAUGCUUGAAAAGCAAGAUGUCCCCGUAAUCAAUGGCUUUUUGGCUUGAAAUUUGAAACGCCUCUCCCUCUGUCUUUUCUUUCGUUCA